AUGAGAAUCACGACUAUUUCUUCUCGCGAUGGGUACUCAGUGCUCGAAUGCUGGCAGCUUCACUCUACCCCUGUCGAAUACAUGGCCGCAUUGAAUUAUGCCAUCGGGGGCCGCACCACAAAUGUGAAAUGGUCCACCCUCAGGCCCAGAACAUACGUCGGUCAAGCAUGGGCACCACAUGUUCAGUUGACCAUUGUACUAAAUGGGAUGAUACGCGUUUCUGCACCAUAUACGCCACCUUCUUCGCCGGCUGCCAACGCCACUACUACGUGCAGCUGCUCAAACCAAGCGAGUCCUGCAAUGGCGCAACAGACUGCCUAUGUCUUGUCUGAGAGACUUCUCUAUCCGGGGUCCGUCUCAGUUGCGACUGCCGAAAGCCCAGUCGCAGCUCGCCAACCACCGGAGGAGGAGAUCGCAUACAUCAUGCCAGGCACUUUGACUUCUAGCAUCAUUUUGGUUACAGAUCUUCGGCAUGUGAGCAAUCUUGCCGGCCACGGCGCUGAGUUCCCUUCGAACGAGCCCACUGUACUGGUGCAGAUUCCUUUUGAAAAUGAUGAGAUUCCUGCGCACACAGUUCUUGGAACGGGAAGCUGUAGCAACGCUUUAUGA